GCGUGGUCGGCCAUGCGGUCAUCAACGAUGAGUAAACCGGAGUAAACGCGUGUGAACGCGUGUCGCGUCGCGUGGUGACGGAUCAUCGCGUAACAUAGGCAUUAAUCCUGCGCCAGCGGCGGUCGCGAUCAUCGUCGCUUGACGCGCGCGCGAUUACUCCAGAGGCGGGCGAUAGCUGUUAAACGAUGCAUUGUUGCGCGGGUGCUCGGGCGGCGUACGCGUCCGUCGAUGAUGCUCGACAGGCGGAACGCGUCUAGGCUAGAACUGCGUCCUGCGUAAGGCGAGAAAACUUGCCAAAGAUGCCGACUGAGAUGGUCGAGGUUGCUCCACGUGGCAGCAUAAGCCGCACGAUGUCACAGGAUUCGGAAUAUGACGACGCUCUGGAGGUACCCGAGUCAUUAGAAAUAACGGUCGACGAAAACGGGGAGACGAUACAAGUUCGUAAAGGAGAGGCGGAGUGCACGGACAGCAAAGAAACCCUUGGCGUAAUGCCUUUCACCGUUAUACACAACACAUCGUCGAAGUUCAAAAGUCAAACUCGCAACGUAUUCAUUCCCGGCGAGGAGGUGCACGUAAAGAUCAUAGAUAACGAGCGUAGCGUGACCACGCAUCCCCUGAACCCGAAUCUGUACACCAUAGAAUUUAGACACGGACCUUUUGUCUGGACCAUUAAAAAGCGAUACAAGCACAUUCAGUAUCUGCAUAAUCAAUUGAAAAUAUAUCGCGCUAGCCUGAACAUACCCUUCCCGACAAAGAGCCACAGGGAGAGGAGGAACAGCAUGAAGAAUCUUAGAACCGCGGGCGAGAGAAAGGGCAGACGAAAUGCUUUGCCGAGGUUCCCCAAUAAACCUGACAUUCUGGUGCCCUAUGAGCAAUUAAGUCGUAGGAGAAAGGAACUGGAGGAUUAUCUAAGUAACUUACUCAACAUAGAAAUCUACAGACGACAUUCCGAAACUAUAAAUUUUUUGGAUAUCUCACCGUUGUCCUUCGUGGCCGACCUGGGGAUGAAGGGGAAGGAAGGUACGAUUUUGAAGCGGACCGGAUCAGGCGCUAAAACGAGGUGCAGUUACUUCGGCCUGUUGGAUUGCGGGCUCUGCUUCAAGUGCAGUUACCUCUGCACCUCUCUUUGCGGCAAAUGGCAGAAGAGGCAUCUCGUUGUCAAGGACACCUUCGUCGCGUAUCUCAAUCCUCAGGACGGUAGAAUAAGAUCGGUUAUUUUGAUGGACAACGGCUUUGGGAUCAGUCUGGGCGUGUACACCACGGGUUCGCGAAGCAGCAUGCAGAUUUCGAAUCUGAGUAGACACAUAGUUAUCAAGUGUUGGACAAAACGCAAGGCUAAGGAGUGGAUGGAGUUUAUACAAGAAGUUAGUAAUAGGGAAGGCAAAGAUUUUAUACAAACAAAUCCGCAUAACUCGUUUGCUCCGUAUCGUUCGUCCGUAUCCGCGACUUGGUUCGUGGACGGAGCCGAUUACAUGUCCGCUGUGGCCGAUGCAUUGGAAAGCGCCAAGGAAGAGAUUUUUAUCGCGGAUUGGUGGCUCUCGCCAGAAAUUCAUAUGAAAAGACCAACGCCCGGUGGGGAUUAUUGGCGGCUGGAUAAAAUCUUACAAAGAAAGGCAGGUGAAGGUGUCAAGAUAUUUGUACUGAUAUAUAAAGAGAUUGAGGUCGCUUUGGGCAUAAACAGUUACUACAGCAAACAGAGACUUGUGGAGCAAUGUCCUGAGAACAUAAAGGUAUUGAGACAUCCGGAUCACGCGAGGGCAGGCGUGUUUCUUUGGGCUCAUCACGAAAAGAUCGUAGUCAUUGAUCAGUCAUUAGCAUUUCUCGGUGGCAUCGAUUUAUGUUACGGCAGGUGGGACAACAAUGAACACAAAUUGACAGACUUAGAAUCCAUUCACCAGUCGAGUAUCUACAUUCCGUCGAGAGAUAAGCUGACUAAUACUAGCAGUAAAAAGGUACUGGGCUGUACAGAGAGACAUGUGCUAUUGCCAUUAGCGAUAGCAACAAACACUAUAGCUAUGGCAACCACGAGAUCCAUGCCUUUGUUGCCGAUGAUGGACGAAAAGACGCAAAAGGAUUUGGUACUGUCAACGUUGUCAACGGAUAAUGCACUCUUUAUGCUGCAAGAAAAGGGAGACGGCGUCAAGUGUAACACUCCCGAAAUGCAAAGGAAGAAUCUGUUCGACGUCGCCAAAACGACCGUCGAUAAGAUGAAGAACACCGUGAGAGUGAAGAGACACGAAUUAAUUAAUAUGGUAUACACUUCGCACGAAGCGGACGCCGAUGAUGUCGCGGUGAAUAAGCUUGCGCUACCGGAACCUGAGGACACGGUGGAUUUUGCCUGCAGUUUAACACCCACGACAAAAUUGUGGCUCGGUAAAGACUACACAAAUUUCAUCGUCAAAGACUUUAACGAUCUCGAGAGGCCGUAUCAGGAUCUGGUAGAUAGAACCACCACCCCCAGGAUGCCCUGGCACGACAUAGGGGUUUUGGUGCAAAACGCUGCCGCUAGAGAUGUGGCUAGGCAUUUUAUACAACGUUGGAAUGCCGCCAAGCUAGAAAAAGCAAAUGUGAAUCGGUGCUAUCCUUAUCUAUUACCGAAAUCGUACGAAGAUUGCAAGAGCUGUGCUCCGUUUAUCAAAGAGGCAAGCAAGCACAACGUCCGGUGUCAAGUACUACGCUCGGUGAGCUCUUGGUCGGCGGGCUUCCUCGAUUCAGAGACUGUGGAGCGGAGUAUACAGGAGGCAUACAUCCAGGCGAUCAGUGAAGCGGAGAGAUAUAUAUACAUAGAAAAUCAAUUUUUCAUAACGCUUGCCUCCAUGGACAAAGGUUGCGUGAAGAAUCGAAUCGGUGAGACAUUAUUGAAAAGAAUACUGAGAGCGCACAGGGAAGGCGCCGUGUUCAGGGUGUUUGUCGUAAUGCCGUUGUUGCCCGGCUUUGAAGGAGAAGUUGGAGGGCCAAGCGGGACGGCAUUACGGGCGAUAACACAUUGGAAUUAUAAUUCUAUAUCGAGGGGAAAAGAUGCUAUUCUAACUCAGCUGUUGGAGGCAGGUAUAGAGGAUCCCAGCGAGUACAUCACGUUCCACGGCUUGAGAACUCAUUCUAUGUUAAACGGCACGAUGGUAACCGAGCUUAUCUAUGUUCACAGUAAGCUUAUGAUAAUAGAUGACAACACAGUGAUCUGUGGGUCAGCUAAUAUAAAUGACAGAAGUAUGGUUGCUACGAGAGACAGCGAAAUAGCUGUAAUAAUUCAUGACCAGGAGUUUGAGGAUGGACGCAUGAAUAACAUACCCUUUUCUUGUGGCAAAUUUGCCUCUUCCUUGAGAAAACAAUUAUUCCGCGAGCAUCUGGGACUGCUGAAUACUAAAGAGCACGUCAAUAUCGAUGACGCUAUUAUAAAAUCAUUCUACAAGGACGUAUGGUGCGCUAGAAGCAAGCGAAACACGCAAAUAUAUGAAGAAGUAUUUCAGUGUAUUCCCACGGAUAAAGUAGUCAAUUUCGCUAUACUGAAGCAAUAUCAAGAAAAAGUACCGCUCUCCAUUUCUGAGCCGUUACUAGCACAAGAAAUGAUAGACAGUAUAAAGGGCCACUUGGUUGACCUGCCAUUAAAUUUCUUAUGCAAUGAGGACUUAAAACCCGCGGCUGGAACAGUAGAAGGAAUGAUGCCGACUGCGUUGUGGACAUAAGUUUGCCGAAUGAAUUUCUUCGAAAAUUCAUUGCGUCUGAGCACAAGUUAAAAAUUUCUGUCGGUUUGUUAUGCAACGCAAAGCUACAAUCAGUUCGUUUCAAAGUAUUCGUAAAAAAUUCAUUAUGGUACAUGUAAUUUCUCCAAUCAUUCUUAUUGUAUUCUUCUAUGAAUUCCUGAAGAAUUACAAUUCAGAAAGGCAGAAAAUUUGAAGAAUACUUUGCGAAUUUACUGUGCUAUCUGGGCUUUCAUAUUAAGGAACAAACGAAGGAUAAAUAGAUUUUAUUACUUUGAGAUAUAAAUUUAAAUUUUUGCCUAUUUAUGUGUUUGUUCUUGCCUGAUAUGACAACGGCUGGUCGGAUUUUCACCGAGCAAGCGAUUUAUGUCUAAUUAAAAAUAUAAGGACAUAAUAUUUUAGAUACAAUAAUUCUUAAUACCUCAAA